AUGCUUGCUUGUGUCAGGCAGCUCAAGGAUGAGUUUGAGGCAUCAUUGAUUCCUAUGUUGACUGAAGAAGACGACGAAGCAUCAAACAGCAUUGCUGAGGAAAUGGCCGAGAAGAUUACAAAUGAGUUCCAUGACCAGGCACGAGAGAACUUAAACCUGGUGAGAUGUGCUGUACACACCCUACAGCUGGCCAUCCUCGAUGUCGUGGAUAAAAGCCACCCUAACGUGAAGCAAGUUACUGAGGUUGCCAAACGCUGUAAAAACGUGAAAUACAAAACGAAUUUCGAUUACCACAACGCCACAUAUCCUCCAGUUUGGUGCCAGACAAGAUGGGGUGGGAUAUUCAAGAUGCUCGAUAGUUUUUUAGAGCAGAAAUCCUUCUUUGUCCAACUGGGACAGGAGUUCCCUGAGCUAUAUCUUUCAUCCAACUGGGAAUUCGUCGAGCAAUAUGUUGAAGCAUUCAGGCCAUUAUUCGUUUGCACAAAAAAAUUCCAAGAAGCUCACAUGUCACUUAACGAUUUUUAUCUUGAAUGGUUGAUGACAAUACGCGAGGUGAGACAGCUGGAAAACAAUCCGUUUUCCAAAGUUUUGGUCGAAUCGCUGACAAGGAGACUCACAAACCUCAAAGGCUGUAUGGCGUUUAAAAUGGCAUUAUAUCUGGACCCGCGGCUUUCUUUCAUAAAUUCAAAAAUAUUCACCAUUGCCGAAAAGGAACAUAUACAGGUAACAAUAAAUAAAACGGUACAGUUUAUACCAGGCACAUCAGAGUUCAUAAUUUUUUUUUCCUAAAUAUACAGAGAUUUAUUUUUCAAACAUGGGAACGCAUCAAACGGCUGGAAAUCGAUUCCGUUGAACCGACUACCUCGGCUAAUGACAACAGUGAAACCAACGAAAAGGAUGAUUUUAUCACGGAAAUGUUUGGUGGAACAUUGGUUGCUUCAUCUUCAAACUCCACAUUCCAGCAGCAGGUUAAGGCUCUUGAGGCGGAACAACGUCAACCUACGUCAUACAACGUGUGGCAACAUUGGAUGAACCGUAAGACUAGUCACCGUGAGCUAUCUGCUGUUGCUGCAGUGGUAAUGUCUGUACCAGCGACGCAGUCAAUGGUUGAAAGGGCGUUCAGCGCUCUAGCACUGGUUCUUUCACCCCAUCGGUCCACAUUAGGCGAGGGCACAUUGGAAAACAUCCUACUGAUAAAGCUAAACCGGGAGGUUUAUGAACAAAUAAUCCCUACUCUAUACAAUUGGAAGGAUUCAUUGGCCGACUAUUGAGGACGGCAUCUUCGGAAUCAACUGAUUUUCUUAUUUUUUAUUUUUCAUCAAUUGCUUUGUUUCAACUGUUUCUUGGCUCAAUUGGUUGAAAGACAACAGAAAAAUAGAGGUGGGUGGACGGCACCACCCGCCACAUAAAUGGAGGGAUUACUUGUUUUUCUAUGAUCAGUGAUAAUAAGGACAUAUAUUCAAAUAGAAUAAGGGCCUAGCACCUGUUGUACACGAUGACUUCUCUCAAUGAUGACUAGGAAUUUAAGACACGCUCACGCAAACCAAAAUAACCACCAGACAG